GUUUAGUAAUUGGUGCAAGAAAAAAAGCUUCCACAGCACGCCUGGCUCCCAUUCCCCCCUAUCCCCGCUAUCUACAGUAGUAGUCAGUAGAUUGUAUAGCCCAAAUAUAUAAACCCGCUCAAAUUUGAAAUCUCCCAAAUCCCCAUUACCAAAACACUGACACCAAACACGAGCACUUCAAACUCCAUUUACCCAACUGAAAUGGAGCGGAAAUCCCAAAAUCGAACAAGCAAUAGACAAAGAAACAGCAACAAGAGGAUGAUGAACAAGGGUUCGCUUUCCAGACACUUCACUGUUUCCCUUCCUCCGCUUCCGCUUCCGCAUCAACAGCAGCAGCUGCAAUCUACGUUUUCUAAUGUCCCUUUAUCGAAUCCGUCGAGAUUCCAGAAUGUUCUGGAGUCUGAGGAACUUUCGGGAGCUCAAUCUCAUUUGCCGUUGAAUCUCGAUGCUGAUCCUGAUGAUGUUGCUGAAAAGGAUUUUAUUCUUAGCCAAGAUUUCUUCUGUACUCCGGACUACAUAACUCCAGAUGCACCCGCAAUUUGUAAUGGGCUUGAUGGUGAUAAGGAUGAAUAUACGCCUUGUCCCAAAUCACCUGAGAAGCUUCUAACUGUAUCAAGAAAGAGGCCGCGACUAGCGGUUACAUCGGUAAUGCCUUUUAGUUCCGAGUUCCAUGACCAGCAGCAGCAGCUAGCAGAUGUCCCUACAGAUACUUUUGGGACAGACGAAACGAAAUCAGAAAAGAUAAGUGACUCAGAAAAGGGUCCCAGUUAUGUGUCACAGUCUGCUAUUGCUUUAAGAUAUCGAGUCAUGCCUCCUCCUUGCAUUAGAAACCCUUAUCUCGGGAAUGCUUCCGAGAUAGAUGUUGAUCCUUUUGGAAACCAGAGAUCCAAGUUCCCAGGUUUUAACCCUGCAAUUUUUGGUAAUGAUGGUUUGUCACGGUAUCGUACUGAUUUCCAUGAAAUUGAGCAAAUUGGUAGCGGGAACUUCAGCCGUGUUUUCAAAGUCUUUAAGAGGAUCGAUGGAUGUAUGUAUGCAGUAAAACAUAGCACUAAGCAGCUACAUCAAAACACAGAUAGGAGACAGGCUUUGAUGGAAGUGCAAGCUUUAGCUGCUUUAGGACCUCAUGAGAACGUAGUUGGCUAUUAUUCAUCUUGGUUUGAAAAUGAACACCUUUACAUCCAAAUGGAGCUCUGUGACCACAGCUUAUCCAAUAAAAAAUAUUCCAAACUAUUUUCAGAGGUAGAAGUUUUGGAAGCAAUGUAUCAGGUAGCCAAGGCAUUGCAGUAUAUACAUCAGAAAGGGGUAGCUCAUUUAGAUGUAAAGCCAGAUAAUAUUUAUGUGAAAAGUGGUGUAUAUAAGCUUGGUGAUUUUGGAUGUGCAACUCUUCUUGAUAAGAGCCAGCCAAUUGAAGAGGGCGAUGCACGUUAUAUGCCCCAAGAAAUACUUAAUGAGGACUAUGAUCAUCUGGACAAAGUUGACAUAUUCUCCUUGGGUGCUGCAAUGUAUGAACUUAUUAGAGGGUCUCCAUUGCCAGAAUCAGGGCCUCAUUUUCUUAACCUCAGGGAGGGGAAGUUGCCACUUCUUCCCGGUCACUCCAUGCAAUUUCAGAAUCUACUCAAGGCAAUGAUGGACCCAGAUCCAACACGCCGCCCUUCUGCAAAAAGCCUUGUGGAUAAUCCAAUCUUUGAAAGAUGGCAAAGAAAUGCUAACAAGUAGAUAGCCGUGUAAAUCAUUACUUUCUCAGUUUUGUCGAGGGCUACUUUUGCCAUGACCCCGAAUUCAAAGCUGCAGUUUCUCAUGCAGCAUCUGGUGCUGAUCUAUUACCAUUUCUGUCUAUAGAAAUAUAGCCCCAGAUUAAAUGGAGGUGAGGAAGAAAAAAAACCAAAUCUUCCAAACAGGCUAUAUCAUGCACCAAAUUUUCCCAUUUUGAUGGUGCUACUUUUGCCAAAUAUUGUACCAAGAGGAAAUGUUGUAUUCUAAUUGGCCUGCAAACUGUGGUUUGUAUGUCAUUAUGGAUUUAAGCUGAUUUAUUCAGUUACAAAA